CCAAAACGUGGCAUGCGCCCCCUGCACACUUGUACCCUCCUCCCUCACCUUGCAUCACCAGUGAUACGCCCUGUCCUGUCACCACUGAUAUUGCUCCAUAAUUAUCCGCGUAUUUAUUCAUCAUCACCCGCUCUCGCUCUCACUCGGCUCUCCCCUUCUUUUUAUUCUUAUCUCCUCCCCUCCUCCUCCUCUUCACCUCCUUACCUGUAGUUUUCCUCUCCUCCGUCCUCUUGCCAUGGAUAAAACCGGCGCGGCUUAGGCGCGCUAAUCCUGGUGCCAGUGUGGGGUCUGCACUCUUCUGCAGUUCGAAGUGCAGUUAGAGCGCGGAGGCCAUGGAGGCGGUGAUGGAUGUGAAAUACCGGCCGGUGGUGUUCUCGAACGGCGGCGGCGCGUCGGCGGCCAAGAAGAUGAGGCCUGCGGCUGCUGCGGCGGCGGCGGCUGUGGUGGGGGACGACUCAGGGUUGUCGUACCGGGAGUGCCUCAAGAACCACGCCGCCAGCCUGGGCGGCCACGCCGUGGACGGCUGCGGCGAGUUCAUGCCUUCGCCGGCGGCCGACCCUUCCAACCCCGGCUCGCUCAAGUGCGCAGCCUGCGGCUGCCACCGCAACUUCCACCGCCGGCUCCUCGAGGCGCCGCCCCCUUCCCCGCCGCCUCUCCUCGCUCUUCCCCCGGUGGCGCCGGCGCCGCACUACCCCCAGUACCCGCAGCGCGGCGAGGAGACGCCGGAGCGCAGGAUGCCGGUGGCCGCUGCCGGGGACGACGACUACUCGGACGACUCAGAGGAGCGCUCGGAUUACUCGGAGGAAGACGACGACCGCCCUGCCUCUCCCCCGUUGCCGGCACCGGGGGUAGCCAUGCCACCGGCAGCACCGGCCGGGUACCUCUCGGCGACGCACAUGCUCCUCUCGCUGAGCACCAGCGGGGCGCCAUCAGCCCCGGCGGCCAUGGCGUCGAGGCCCCCCGGGCCCACCGUCCCAGCUGGGCUGCAUCCUCAGCCAGGCCCAGGCGGCUCGUCGUCGUCGUCAGCGAGGAAGCGGUUCCGCACCAAGUUCAGCCCGGAGCAGAAGCAGCAGAUGCAGGCGCUGUCGGAGCGGCUGGGGUGGCGGCUGCAGAAGUCGGACGAGGCGGUGGUCCACGAGCGAUGCCGCGAGAUCGGCGUCGGCAAGGGCGUCUUCAAGGUCUGGAUGCACAACAACAAGCACAACUUCGUCGGCGGCCACAGCGCCCGCCGCAGCGCCUCACUCUCCACCGCCGGCGCUCCGCAGCACUACCCUUCCGCUUCCCCCACGCCCGCGCCUCCGCCGCCAUCGGCGCCGCCCGUCCACGCUGACUUCAACAUCAACGGCUCCGCCCCCGCCGCCGCCGCGGCGGGCGACCACCACUCCGCCGGCUUCCAACGGCCGGCGACAGCGACGGCGAGCGGCGGCUCCGGCUCGCCGCAGUCGGCCUAAUCGAUCGCUAUUGUGGAUUAAGCUUCUUCUUCCCUUUUGUAGCCUUUCGUCUAAUUAACCAACCAACCCUAAUGACUCGUCAUCAGUCAGCUAUGCAUGUGCAGCCAGAGCGGAAGGAUUGAUGUUGUUCGAGAAAGACCUGAUUCUUAAAAAAAAUUGGAACUUUUGGUGGGAUCUGAUGAUGGUAUUCAAUUUAAGGAUUAUAGUCCUUAAGUACAUUGGGUAGUUUGCUCAGUAGCCUAGUUGCGGAAUUGUGGAUCAUUGUUAGAUUCGCAGAUCAAAUCUGAGUCGGUGGGGGUAGUCUUCUAGGAUCUGAUGCUGUUCUUGAACGACUAUACAAAUGCAAUUGUCUUUUCUCCCUCAUCCCUCCCUGUCACACAUCCGACCUUGGGUGUUGUCUGCAUCCGUGAAAUCUAUUUAUCAGUUUUUUAUUAA